AUGGAUUAUGAUGGUGAUGGAAGCCCAAACAACGAGCAGUAUACUUCAGUAAACGCCAUGUCAACAGAGAAGAGAGGUUUUCACCGUCACAGUCAUCAACAGAUUCAGAUACUAGAAGCUUAUUUCAAAGAAUGUCCUCAUCCAAACGAAUCAGAGAGACAAAAGCUAUGCAGAGAUUUGGACCUCGAGAUAGACCAAAUCAAGUUUUGGUUUCAGAACAAAAGAACUCAAAGCAAAGCUCAAGAUGAGAGAAAUUCAAACAAAUUGCUUCGAGGAGAAAAUGAAACAAUCCAAUGUGAGAAUGCUGUAUUGUUAGAGGCUUUACAAACUGUGACUUGUCCACCUUGUGGUGGUCCUCCUUUUGGCGGAAUUGAACGCGAACUCAGUCUCCAAGAGCAGCGUUUCAAAAACACUCAUCUCAGAAGAGAGCGUGACUUGUUGGCGGACAAGAACAAGCAUCAACAAACCAUGAUGGACUCAUUCACUUCUGUUCAAAGACAGCAAACCUUUGAAACUCUCACCUCACCCGGAUAUAAUCCAAAUAAUCCCUUCGAGCGACCUAGCUCAUCAGAAUCUCCAAAUAUCCAACCACAACUACGACCCCAAAUGGAUACUUUGCAGCUGUCUGACACUGCGACACGUGCGGUUGAAGAGCUUAAGCGGCUAUUUUCUACCGACCAAGCUUCUCUUUGGGUUAUGUCGUCUAUAGAUGGAACAUAUGUGAUUGAGCAAGACAGCUAUGAGAAAUUCUCGCAGUCAGUCAAACAAUUCAGGAACUCGAGUGCUUGUGUCGAGUCUUCUAGAGUUGUCAGGGAGGUUUCUAUAGAGGCAACCAGAUUGGUUAAUAUGUUCUUAGAUUCGGAGAAAUGGAAAACGCUUUUUCCAACGAUCGUGAACACGGCCAGGACGAUUCUUACGCUCGGAUCCGAGUUAAUUAGUCAGCAGCUACACAUAUUGUCUCCACUAGUGCCACCAAGGGAGUUUAAGAUCGUUCGAUGCUGCCGAAAUAUCAAGGAAGGGCACUGGAUUAUUGCUGAUGUGUCACUCAUUGAUUCUGACCACAAAGUCAGUCAGUCUUGUUAUAAACGUCCUUCUGGUGUUCUCAUCCGAGCCUUGUCCAAUGAUCGGAGCAAGGUAACGUGGAUAGAGCAUGUGGAAGUGGACCAUAGACCCGAGAAGCAGCGGGUGUAUCAAGAUCUUUUAAGUAGCGGUUUGGGCUAUGGAGCUAAGCGUUGGAUCGUUACCCUUGAGAGAAUGUGUGAGAGAAUGACUUUCUCCUCGGCCACAACCAUUCCGCAUACUGACUGGGGUGAAAUUUUACGGACAGUGGAAGGAAGGAAGAGUUUGAUGAAAUUAGGGGAAAGAAUGUUGAAGAACUUCAACGAAAUGUUGAUCAUGCCCGGGAAUACUGAGUUCCCGCGGAAAUCGAGAUGUGGAGGAGUCAGAAUCUCGACGCGGGUGAACGAGGAAGUCGGUCAAGUAACCGGUUUAGUUGCCAGUGCUGCAUAUUGUCUCUCAAUUCCUAGCACUCCUUCGCAAGUCUUCAACUUGCUGAGAAGCAACGACUUUCGUCACCAGUGGGACGUUCUUUGUCAUGGAAACGCAAUCACUGAGACCGGUCGCAUUUCGACCGGAUUAAGUGAAACAAACUACAUCAGUCUACUUCAGCCUACGCUACCAUGUUAUGAUGGCCAAAAUAUGGUACAAGAACCAAACAAGACGAUGAUGAUGCUACAAGAGUGUUACAUGGACGCAUUAGGAGGUAUGAUAGUGUACGCUCCUCUCGACAUGGCUGCAAUGAGCAUCGCUGCCUCCGGGGAUGUCGACCCUUUGGAGAUUCCAAUUCUACCUUCUGGCUUCACCAUCUCAAGCGACGGCCAAGGCUCCAUGGGAGCUGAGGAUGGUGGAACUUUACUCACGUUGGCUUUUCAGAUCCUUCUCUCUACUGGUCAAAACAGUGGGGGCAGAAUGGUGUCUGAGAAUUCAGUGAACGAAGUGGAUAUGGUGAUCAGCACAAUUGUUCAAAACAUCAAGGCCUUGUUCAACCUUCCUCCUGAGUGA